CUGGAUUAUUGUGCUCUUCUUUCUUCAUGUGCUUUGAUUUGCGGCCCACAAAUAAACAUAGAACUUCCUUCCCUUCCUUAUCCAACGCAACACAGGCGGCGCAGCACACCUUAUCCACCACCACCAUUAAUCCAUCUGCUCUGCAGGCCAAGGCUGCAGCAGCUCCAUCCUCCUCCUCCUUGGCAGGUACGGUGAGGCCACAUGACUUGAGAGGAUGAUGAUGGCCUCCUCGCCUGCUGCUUCCUGCUCAGCGCCGACGCACCAGCUGCCCUCUUCCUUCUCCUGCUGCUGCCGCCCCCCUUCAUCUGUUCUUAGUCUCGUCGUCGUCCUUAGGGGGACCAGGGCCAAUAAUAAUGCUUAUGCAGACAAGAAGAAGCGGCGGCGAGGGCAUUCGCCACCAUCUGCUCUACCCGACCCCCAAGCUGCUGCGGCGGCGAUACUUGCCGUCGCCGGGACAGUGGGAGUCGCCGCCACCCUCCUGUUUCGCUCCGGAUCCUCGUCCCCCAAGCAGCAGCCGCAGCAGCAAGAUGAUGAUGAUGAUGAUGAUGACGAGGCGGAAGAGUGCUGCCCGGAUUGCGGCGGCACGGGCCUGUGCGGUGUCUGCAAAGGGGAGGGCUUCGUCUUCAAGCAGGUCUCCGAGGAGACGGCCAGCAAGGCACGCAAGGCCGCCAAGAACAUGGCCACCAGAUACACCGCCGGGCUGCCCACCAAGUGGACCUACUGCAACAAGUGCUCCUCCACCCGCUCCUGCACAACCUGCCGAGGCUCCGGCACAAUAAUAACCACCAAAGCACCAGCAGCCUAGCAAGUAGCAACCAAUCGUCCUGCUCAUGCCUGCCUGUUUGGAUCACGCUGGCAAUGGCAAUGGCAAUGGCAUUGGCAUUGGCAUUGACGACCUAAAAGCUGGGCUCAGGGAUUCCCGGUCGUCGGCCUGCUGAUGCUAGCUCUUCAUGUAUGAUUACCAGUUACCACAGAGACAAAUAAAGCUUGAUGAUGAGAGAUAAAAUGAUUUAAUGGCCGG